AAAGGGUUGGGUUAGAAAUCCACGCAAUAUUGAUCGAUAGUAAUUUUGGAAACCUUUUUCUUGCCGCUUGAAAGCGGAGAGAUGCGCUUGAAAAGGAUUAAUCGAUAUUUUUAAUCGCAACUUGCUUAACUCCGAUAUCAGGGCACCCAUUGCUGCACUACUGCACCUGUCAAAAUUCUUACAAAAAUUAUUGAAAAAUGAGCACCGUUUCGAAGGCUGAGAAGGAAAAGCAAAAGCUAAUCCAGGACAAGUGCCAGUCAAUUUUGAACGACCUCUUGAAGGAUGAGGACAAUAAAUAUUGCGAGGACUGCGAUGCGAAAGGUCCCCGAUGGGCAUCCUGGAACCUGGGAAUUUUCUUGUGUAUACGUUGUGCAGGGAUCCACCGCAACCUUGGAGUGCAUAUCAGCAAAGUUAAAUCUGUUAAUCUAGAUACAUGGACCCCUGAACAAGUUGUGAGUCUGCAGCAAAUGGGCAAUAGUCGAGCCAGGGCUGUGUAUGAAGCUAACCUUCCUGAUAACUUCAGGAGACCUCAACAUGACUCAUCCUUAGAGUCUUUUAUUCGUGCAAAGUAUGAGCAGAAAAAGUACAUAGCAAAGGAGUGGGUUCCUCCACCUUUGCAGAAGGUUAACUGGGAUAAGGAAAUCGAAGAGAGCCGCAAGAAAAAGGAGAAGAAAUCUUCGUCUUCGGCUACAAAGGUAGCAGCUCUGCCAACACCUGAUGUCUCCAAGAGUCCAAAGCCAAUUCGUGCCCCUGAACAAAAGAAAUCGGAGCCUGUUGCACCAAUUUUGGUAUCUAACACAACCUCAACGACCUCUGCCUCUGAAGAUCUCUUAGGGCUUGAUGCACCUUCGUCAGAGGGCAAUGAUAUUUUCUCGAGUUUUUUGAGUGGACCCCCAUUAGCAUCUGUAGCCGAGGCUCCUAAAGACGUGGGCAAGCGAAGUGAGGAAGAGGAUAGCUUCUUCAACCAACCUACGGUGGACAAGAAACCACUGACCAAAGAUUCGAUCAUGGCCUUGUACGCCCAAAAUGCUCCUGCCCAGCAACCACAAUUCCCUGGAAUGAUGCCUGGCUUCCAGCCACCUCAGCAACCACAGCAGUUUGCUCCGAUGAUGAAUCAAAUGAAUCCCCGAUUUGGAAACAACCCAUUCUUCAACCCUGCAUUAGCGCCCGGGGGAUUCCAACAACAGCCCCAGCAAUCCAAUCAACAAGACCUUUUGUUUGAUUUCUCAUCGCAGCAGCCUUCACUGCCUCAGCAAAUGGGCCAACUCAAUCUUGGAAACGCCCAGCAGCCUCAGCAAGGAAUCAACAUGGGUCCCUUUGGGUCAGCAGGAGGUGCUACCCUGUCCACAAACUUGUGGCAGUGAUUUUUGUUAUUUAUAUUUACAUUCCAAAUUAUUAUUAUAUAAGGGUUCAUGUCAAA